AUGUUCCGUCAAAGUAUCCGACGAUUCGGCUCCACUGCGCUGCGCGCAGCAGAAGGUUCAACCGCCUACGGUGUCCGAGUAUCGCAUGCCCAAGGUGUCGUCCACGGUCUCACCGAAGCCAUUGGGAAUACCCCACUGAUCCGCCUAAAACGUAUCUCCGAGCAGACAGGCUGCAACGUGCUCGGUAAAGCCGAGUUCCAGAACCCCGGUGGCAGCGUCAAGGACCGAGCCGCGCUGUUCGUGGUCAAGGAUGCGGAAGAGAAGGGUCUGUUGAAGCCCGGCGGUACGGUGGUGGAAGGCACGGCCGGAAACACAGGAAUUGGACUGGCGCACGUGUGUCGGUCCAAGGGGUACAAGCUGGUUAUCUACAUGCCCAACACGCAGUCGCAGGGCAAGAUUGAUCUGCUGCGGUUGCUGGGAGCGGAGGUGUACCCGGUGCCCGCGGUGGCGUUUGACAACCCCCAGAACUACAACCACCAGGCGCGCCGACAUGCGGAGUCGUUGGAUAACGCGGUCUGGACGAACCAGUUCGACAACACGGCCAACCGACAGGCGCACAUCGAGACGACCGGGCCGGAGCUCUGGGCGCAGACCGAAGGCAAGCUCGACGCGUUUACCUGCGCCACUGGAACCGGAGGCACCUUGGCCGGUAUCACGCGGUACUUGAAAACGGUCAGUGACGGAAAGGUGAAGAGCUUCUUGGCCGAUCCCCCGGGCAGUGUGCUGCACAGCUACAUCCAGAGCGGGGGCAACUUGGUCGAGCGCAGCGGAAGCAGUAUCACGGAGGGAAUUGGACAGGGUCGGGUGACGGACAAUCUGCAGCCGGACAUUGAUCUGCUGGAUGGAUCUUUGAACAUCAGCGACGAGAAGUCCAUCGAGAUGGUCUACCGCUGUCUCGACGAGGAGGGUCUGUACUUGGGCGCCAGCUCCGCGCUGAACGUGGUCGCCGCUAAGGAGGUCGCCGAGAAGCUGGGCGCGGGCAACACCGUGGUGACCAUCCUGUGCGACGGAGCGUAUCGGUACGCGGACCGUCUGUUCUCGAACACCUGGCUGCAGGGCAAGGGAUUGCGGACUGCCAUUCCCAAGCAUCUGGAGAAGUACAUCGUGCUGCCUUAA